AGUUGAGUCUAUGCUCGGGCCUUGAAAGUGUCAAUCAUCUGGUGACCCGACGCUUGGCUCCGCCCACUUGUGACCUCUGGGUUGGGUCAUCUGUGACGACACGUCUUUUUACUGGCGUCUGCUGUCGAAAAAAGCCGGAAGUGUAUAUCCUUGUUACGUAGAAUUAUCGGGAUACCCGAUACACAACUACCCACAGACUGUGUACUUGUCCGUGUACGAGUUUCUGACUUACCGAGGAAGAUUUCACGCAAGUUUGGGCCUUUUUUCAACACAGAUACUGCCUGCCAGAAGACAUGAACACGUCUAGCUGACUUGGGACAUCUGAUCUCUCUUCAACACCAACAACAGGUCAUAGGCAUGAUACUGCUCUACUAAACGAUGAACGUGUCUACGUUGGGUGCAGUCCUGGGUCUACACAACACCACGGCCUCUAUCGUGAGUAACACCACCACACUUUACUGGACAACGCCCAACAUUACAACAACUACAGCGCACAGCACGAGUAGUAAUUACACCGCUACCACUCCUUCAACUGUUGCAACCGCGCCCCUCAAUACAACAGACCAAAGGAAUCCGGUAACCGAAACUCUGUUAGUCACCACAACUCCAACCAUGGUCAACACUGCCGAGUUGCUAACAAACUCCACUGCUAGUAGUUGGCCGCUUGCGUCUGACUUUCCUACGAACGGGUCUUUGCCGCCGUUCGGUGACCAGUGUAAUGACUCGGAGUACGGCAUCAUACAGUUCAUUGCCAUUGCCGUCUCUGUGAUCAUCGUCUUCUUGAACGUCAUGGUCAUCGUGGCCAUCAAGAAAGGUCCUCGCGGGCUCCACAAGCCGAUGUACGUGUUCGUCACCAGUAUGGCGGUGGCGGACUUGUUGUUGGGGCUCAUCUCCUUCUACAGUUUCCUCGUGAACGACAUCUUGGACGUGAAGAUCGCGCCGUUCGAGUGGAUGCUGAGGAAGCUCAUCAUCAUGAUGACGCUGAUGGCGUCGGUUGGGAGCCUGUUGGUGAUUGGUGUAGACAGAUACAUCACAAUCGUCCACCAUGUUGCUUACGUCACGAGAAAGCACGCCAUCAUCGCCGUGUGCGUCAUCUGGGCGUUGGCCGUCGCCAUAGCAACCGUUCCCCUCAUGGGCUGGAACUGCGUGGAGCACUGCAAGUGUCGGAUCAACUCCCAGGCCCUGAACGACAGCCGGCCGAACUGCGACCACCCAACCUGCUCCGUAGCGCUGCCCCCCUUCACCACGGGGUUCCUAACCCUGAUCUUCACCAUCUUCAUGGUCGCUCUCCUCUUGCAGUCGUUUGUGUACUUCCGUACAUACUUCUCAAUCCACCAACAGACGUCUCUCAUGGAGACACACAAGAUCGACGACCACAGGGAACCUGCAGAUAUCGUCUUUGCCAAGACCAUGGCGCUGGUUCUGAUCGUGUUCGUGCUGUGCUACGCGCCGCUGAUGACGAUGAUCUUCAUCGAUGUGGUGACGGGAGGUGCCGGGGGCUCCGGGAUGAUCACCCCGUCCGUUCUGACCUACGGCACGGUACCUGCGAUCCUGAACUCCGCCAUGAACCCGCUCAUUUACGUCUUCAGGAUCAGGAAGAUGCGCCGCGCGUUCGGGUACCUGCUGUGCUGUUGUUGUCGGGAGAAGUUCGGAGUGGAAAGCGACAUGUUCGAAUCCAGCAGGGCUCCCGAGAAGGUCCGGAUGCUCCGGGUCGGGAAGCUCAACUCGAUGGGCCAGCGGGCGUCGCCACAAGCCUCGCGGCAGUUUCGAAAGCUGAACGAAAGCGCGGUUGAAGCCCAGCCGCUGUCGUCUUCCACUCCAAAGGCCAACGUGCCAGCUUCUGCCGUGGAGUUUGCAACUACGUGCUAGCAAGUAAAGAAGCGCCACCUUGCGAUGUUUUCCGUAUUUGCUAGCAUAGAGUUUUAAACCCUCGCCAGCGGUUUUGGCACACGG